CCAGCGCAGCCCUGUCGCGCCCACAGCGCCCGCUCUCGGCCCGGGUGGCCCACCAUGGCCCGGCUAUGAAGGGCUACCAGGUGAGCCGCAGCCUGUCACAACACUCAUCCGGGCCAUGCCACUGCACACCUGAGGACUUUGAGGCCACGCAUGACUACUUACGCCAUGCAGACCACCCAUACUACCCACCUGGUGGACCACCUGAGGCCCUGGCACUACCGCAUUCUGGAGGAGGCACUUUCCCACGCUCUCAUUCCACUCAGCAGCAGCCGUAUGACUCCCGCGAAGAAUGCUUGUCUUCUGCUGGGCAUGGACACGGGCAUGGACAUGGACAUGGGCACCCAAAGAUGCAUCGCAUCCCUCCUAACCUGCUCGAUCAGUUUGAGAAGCAAUUACCCUUACACCCAGAUGGCUUCCAUACUCUACAGUACCAGCGCUCAGCCAGUGGGGAGCAGCGCAGUGAGAGUCCCAGUCGCAUUCGCCACCUGGUGAAUUCCGUCCAGCGCCUAUUCGCCAAGUCGCAUUCACUCGAGGCACCAUCCAAGCGUGAGCUCAAUGGAUGCAGAGAUCGUGACCGAGAGCGAGGCCAGCGCAGUGUAGGUGAAGAUGGCACAGGGCACCACCACCCAGGUACGCAUCAGUCACGCACAACCCGCCGCAACAAGAGUCGGGAGCGCAGCAAGAGUGGAGACUCGCGCCACGAUUCCCGGCACUCCUCACGCCACCGCAGCAAGACAGCUGGCUGGUGGAGUUCAGACGACAACCUGGAUAGUGACAGUAGCUUCCUGGUAGCUGGAGCCAGGGGGGUAGGACGGGGAUACCCACCAGGUCACGAGACCCUCGACGCAGCCAUCCAGGAGCUAACCUUGAAGAAGGUGAAAGGUCCUGCUCCUGGAGAGUGCCUGGCUUGCAGCACCAUGGCCAGGGUAGGAGAUAGUGGGCAUUCUCUUAAGAGGAGCACGUGGUCAGCCAUGACAGUCAACCAAGCCAGAGAAGCAUAUCCUGCCUCUCAGGGAGGAGGAUCAGGUUAUGAUAAGGCUCUGGUACCUUUGGAUGCCAAGUUGAAGGAGCGUAAUCUCCAUUACCUACAGGUUCCUUCUGAUGAUUGGGGUGGAGGGGGAUUGUUAGAAAGUGGAGGAGAGAUCCCAUGCAGACGCAUGCGCAGCGGCAGCUACAUUAAGGCCAUGGGUGAUGAUGACAGCGCAGAUUCAGACACCAGCCCCAAAACCUCACCAAAACGCUCACUCAUUGCUCAGAGAGAUGCUUUCCGCCGUUCCAUCAGCAUGGACCAGCGCUCUUCUACAACAAAGUACUCAUGUAAACAGUGUACAGAUUCCUAUUCAAACAGCCGUACCACACCGAAAGGACAUGCACGCUCUCGGAGCUAUACACGCUCCCUAACCAGCUCACAGUUGGGGGACACGCUGAAUCGUCAGUUCGAGUCAGUGUGUGAGAGCAUGUUUGGGGAGACUGAGUCGCAGGCCGUGGAGGCCUUGGAUCUGCCCGGUUGCUUUCGUACACGCAGCCAUAGCUAUGUGCGUGCCAUCCAAGCAGGCUGCUCCCAAGACGACGACUGCCUGUCCGUCUUCUCCAUGUCCGGCCCUCAGGGGAGCAUUAAGGGUGUCGCAGUGUUCCCGUAUAGGAAAGGCCCACCUCCACUUCCGCCACGCAUGUCCAAGCCCAUGAUCUCAGUAACAGCACAAAGCAGUACUGAGUCCACUCAGGAUGCCUACUUCCAGAGUCGGCCCAAACUGCACAGUAAUUCUGUGGACCUCAGCGAAAGCUCCAGAGGGGGUUACUACCCAAGUGGGGGUGCAGUGCGCAUCAGACAGAGCAGCAACUCUACAGAGAGUGUAAGCAUGGAUGGUCGAGCCUUAAGGGACUCUGGCUAUGUGGGAGGGACAGGAGCCAUGAGACCCAAGCACAGCGCCUCAGCUGAAAACCUGCUAGAAGGGCCAAGGGCACUGAGGGAGCGUGGUGGAGGCAGCCUAGGCAAAUCUGCCUCCCUUCCUCAGACCAGCCUCAUGCUGAGCAAGACUGUUAAGAGCAUGGAGGAGCAAAAGCAGGAAGGCAAAGGGCGCAAAUGGAGACCAUCUAUAGCUGUUCAGGUGGAUAGCUCUGAGACUUUGUCAGACUCAGAUACAGAGGGCAAAGCACUGAGAGAAGUGCACUCCAUCGGAGUCCAAGUAGAGGAUGAAAAAAGACGAGCACGAUUUAAACGCUCCAACAGCGUGACAGCAAGCGUGCAGGCCGAUCUGGAGAUGGAGGGUUUGGGGGUUCUGAGUGUGCCAAUGCAGGAUAAGGGGCUGCAAUUCGGCUGCUCCUUCCAGCGCCACUCCUCAGAGCCUGAGUCGGAAUAUCGCUCCACUGUGCACACACAGGGCCAAUGGGCAUACCGGGACCACUACCAUGGCGCCUACUCCACUGAGCCCUGUGCUCUGGAGCUGAGGGCUCUGCCUCACACACACACUGAGCGAGCAGUGGCAAGUUGGCAUGAAGGCCCACGCAGCUUGCCCGACUCAGGCCGAGCUUCACCGUGCCUCAGAGAUGGAGAGUUCUUCCUCCGCUUGUUGCAAACCGAGGUGGAGAGGAUGGAGGGAUGGUGCCAAAGCAUGGAGCGAGAAGCAGAAGAGAAUGAGCUGCCAGAUGAUGUGCUGGAGCUGAUCAGAGCAGCAGUGGGCAGUGCACAGAUGUUAAUGUCCCAGAAGGUGCAGCAGUUCUUCCGCAUGUGCCAGCAAAGCGUGGACCCCACAGCAUACCCCCAGCCCACAACUCAGGACCUGGCUGGUUUCUGGGACCUGCUGCAGUUGGCCAUUGAGGAUGUGCGUGUGAAGUUUCAAGACCUGCAACGGAUCAAGGAAUCAGGCUGGAGGCUGCCUCCUGAGAAGAAGGAGGAGACAAAGCUUCCUCCUCCGUUACCAAAGAAGCCAGUAGGCGGAGUGACUGGGAGUCUGCGGGCAGAAAGCAUGGCAGAGACAGGAGUGGGAAGCACUGGUGGUACACUAAUGGUCUCUCGUGGUCGUAGUAUGCCCAUUCCCUUACCGUUACGGGAGAAAUCCCUAGAGUUGGGCGAUCGGCAGAGGCUGGAGGCCAGGCGGAGGCUCCUCCAAGCAGGCCCCAAGCGAGCUGGUUCUUUCCGUCAGAAUUCGGCCACGGAGAGCGGCGAUAGCAUCGAGAUCUACAUCCCUGAGGCCCAGACCAGACUGUGAGCCAGCCAAGAUCACAUUUGUCUGUAAAACAUAUAUAGCAAGUCUCCUCUCCAUUUUUUGAGUGACCCACAGUAUAGCUCACCUACCAAGCAUGAUUCAAAUGAGAUGGAGAAGAGGCAACAUGGGUACUUUCUGGAAGAGAGAUCACUCACUUCUUUGUGUUGAAACUUACAGAUUAAUCCUCACUGAUUAAAAAGGGCUCCCACCAGCACAACCACUUGGUAUAGACUGGGUUGUUGUUGUUGUUUUUCUUUCACAAGGCUUAUAUAAUAUCCCGAACCCUUAGGACUUUUUUCAAUAAAUGUCUCCGCGGAAUACGGGUGCAAUAUUGUCUUGGUGAGAGGAUUUUAGAAAUUUAGCUACAAAUAGCAGACUCUCUUUUGAUAUAGUCUUGAUAUCUAAACUGUGCAUUUACAGUAGUUUUGCUAGUGUGGUAACAGUAGCUCCUCUCACUGUGAAACAGCAGCACACUCUUGUGGCCAGGUCAGAUAAGUGCAUCCCUAAAUCUCAGGCCUGCAUGUGUGAAUUUGGGCUUCAUCCCUAAACGCAGUAUCAUUUAGUCACAACAGAUCAGAGUCAAACAGAGUCCCCAUUUCUAUUUCAUUUAUGCUAUCCAUUGAGGAUAGAGACAAAGUUCUCAAGUUCUAAUUUUCUCCAUCUGAUCAUUUUUCUGCUUUAGCCACACAGAGACAAUUCCCAUCCUGGUAAUUGUUUAGGAAGGGAAGGGUAGUCCUUCCUCAAGUCCACUUUGAACUUCUGUGUAAAAAAGAAAUAGAGGAAAGUGUGAAAUCUCUUACAGUGAAGUCAAUAUUACCCAGACAGAAACACUAGCCUUUUAGUAUUAGAAUGACCGAGAUCUUUUCUAGAUGCAAGAGUAUAGAAAACACUGGGUUUAGAUAUAACACUGGUAUUCAUUUUUGUGUUCCUUCAAAAUGUUGAAAAUAUGCCAUGCCCCCUUACAGAAAAGGAAAUUACUGAUACCGCCAGACCUCAGAAGUUUUGCCUGGAUGUGAUUUUAUUUACUUAUUACACUUUGUGUGUUCUGUGUGUGUGUGUGUGUGUGUGUGUGUGUGUGUGUGUGUGCGUGUGUGUGCAAAAAUAGUGUUUUUCUUUGUUCAAAUAUUGUA